ACUGUUUAUCCGUCUUAUCAUCCUCUGCCAAAAAAAAAAAAAAAAAAAGCGAAGAACGUCUUCUGAUUUGCUCGUAUGAAUUUUCCGACGAUCCCUCAUGAAUCGAACGUUGUCUCCAUCAACGUCGGAGGCCGAAUCUUUCAAACAACGAAGCAAACCUUAAGCCUAGCCGGAACCGAUUCUCUCCUAUCUCAACUCGCUACUGAGACAACUCGUUUCGUCGAUCGUGAUCCCGAUUUGUUCUCCGUUCUUCUCUAUAUCCUCCGUACCGGAAACCUACCUGCUAGAUCACGCGCCUUCGAUGUUCGUGAUCUCAUCGAUGAAUCUAGAUACUAUGGAAUCGAGUCUUUCUUAAUCGAUUCUCUCUCGAAUUCGUCGCAGUUCGAGCCGUUCGAUCUCCGUAGAUCUAGGAUUCUUCAAUUGAACGGUCGAGAUUCUCCGUCGAGUAUCUCACCGACUGUAAUCGGCGGAGGUCUCCACGUGGCGCACGGUAGCAAAAUCACUUCGUUUGAUUGGUCGUUGAGGCAAAAGUCGACUGUGUUGACUAAUUUCUCCGCCGUGGAUUCGCUUCUAGAGAUAUCUCCGGGAGUUUUAGCUGCCGGAGCUACCGAUUUCCCUGGUUUGCAAAUCAUCGAUCUCGAUAACGGCGGAUUCGUUCGUACGACUCUGAAUUGGGAAAACGUUACUAGGUCUAGCUCAACGGUUCAAGCCAUAGGUUCUUCUCAUGAGUUUUUGUUCACUAGCUUUGAAUCUAGUAGAAGGAACUCGAAUUCGAUUAUGGUGUAUGACCUUUCUAGCUUGUUACCUGUGUCUGAGAUUGAUCAUUGUGAGAUCUAUGGCGCUGAUAUUGAUUCUGCGAUUCCAUCGACUAAGUUGAAAUGGAUUCAGAGUUGUAAUUUGUUGAUGGUUUCUGGUUCUCAUACUAGUCCUUCUGGUGUCAAUGGUCACAUAAGGUUUUGGGAUGUUAGGUCAAGGAAUAUGGUUUGGGAGAUUAAGGAGGCACAAGAUUGUUUCUCUGAUGUUACUGUCUCGGAUAAUCUCUCGGCGGUGUUCAAGGUCGGUGUGACUUCAGGGGAAGUUUUCUACGCCGAUUUGAGGAGUUUAGGAACUAAGGAUCCAUGGGUUUGUCUUGGGGAAGAGAAGAAGAGAAACUUGAAUGAAAGAAGAGGAGUUGGGUCUAAGAUAGAGAGCUAUGGGAAUCAUGUGUUUUGCAGUAGUAAAGGAAGUGGGAUAGAGCUUUGGUCUGAAGUGAUCACGGGUUUGGUGGGGAAUGCAAGCCGGGAUGUAUUGGAAGAGAGGGUUUUUAGGAAGAAUUCGUUGGGAAAAUUAGCGGAUUCAGGAGAAAACAAGAUAACAGGAUUGGCGUUUGGAGGAAAUAGAAUGUUUGUGACCCGAAAGGAUCAGCAGUCUGUUCAGGUUUGGCAAAGUCCUAGUCGUGGAAUAUCUAUCUAAUGAGCAAGUAUUAAGCUUUGGUUCGAGGUGAUCACGAGUUGCUUAAAGCCGAAUCCAACAAAAACUAGUUAGCGACUUACAUUGUGUUAAAGAAGAAUGAAUGAUCUUAAUCCCAAUACUUGAUGAAGCUAUUCCAACCAUGAAUUUCUUAUCUCUGAUAAUCUUAUAAAAAGGACUUACAUCGUUCGUCAGACGAGGCUGUGAAGGAUGUUUGCAUUCUAACGACAUGACCUUAUACAAGUACUGCAGAGAGAAGCAAAUGACGAUGCUUGGCAAAAUAUCAAAUUGCGGAAACACCUUUCGGGUUCAAACGGCCUUUAUCUACCAGGGCUAGUUCUGUAAUCGGAGAGGCCGUUAUUACAGUUGCUUACUUCAGCUUCAGGAAAUCUGUUACCGGAAAAUCUUAUGGCUCCACCUGCCAUCAUCAGACCUCCGAACAUAUUGUUGUCGUCUCUCUGCUGUGAAGAAGUCGCAGAAUUCAGUUGUGCUGGAAAAUUAUAACCACCUGCCAUCAGAUUAGACUGAAAAGCUGCCGGAAAACCAGAAAAGUAACCAUUGUUGUGCAACAGAGAAUUCUCAAAUCCUUGUCCUCCUGUGACUCCUGUCUGAAAUUCAGAAAGAUCAGGAGUCUGAGCUACUGGUUGUCUCAUUUGAAAGUUGGUGUUACUUGCUGAAGGAGUAAUCCCUUGGCUUGAAGAAGGAAACAACGAAGAAGGUACUGGAAAACUCUGCAAUAGUGAUGAUGAAGACAGUUUUGGAAACAACGAAGAAUGUACCGGAAAACUCUGCAACGAUGAUGAUGACAGUUGUGACGCAAAAGGUGUCCCAAAGUUAUGAUCUUUCUGCAUUUCAGGUCCUGUUAUCUCCACUAUUGAUGAUCUGUUCUUGUUGGUAUUAGCUUCGCUUGUCUUCUUUAGUUUCUUACUCAGAUUUGGAGCUUGAAUGGCCAAAACAAUACUUUUCUGACC